AUGAAUAAAGAUAGAUUUCUUUAUACGUGUGAUAGUAGCAAAAGCGAAGUGAGAAGAUGGAAAAUGGGAGAAAAGGGCGAAGGGAAAUUAGUUGCUGGUGGAUAUGGGAAAGGAAAUCACCCAAAUCAAUUCGAUUCUUGUCACUAUAUCUUUGUUGAUGAGGAACAAUCUGUUUACAUUUCAGAUAGUGGAAAUGAUCGCGUUAUGAAAUGGAGAAAGGGUGCGACGGAAGGAAUUGUUGUUGCCGGUGGGAAUGGAAGAGGAAAUAAUCUUAAUCAAUUGGAUUUCGCUCAAGGAAUAGUUAUCGAUGAAUUGGGUCGAAUUUAUAUUACAGAUUUUUCAAAUCAUCGAAUAAUGCGUUGGAUUGAAGGUGAACAGAAAGUGACGCAUUAUAGAUUGCCAUGGUUGAAAUCUCGUGUACAUCUGUUCGCGUUAAUGCUCAGCUCGUGUAUAUUGCCAUUAUUUGAAAUUCAUCAUUUGUUCACUUGUCGGGAACGAGAUAUUAUUUAUGUCUAUGCAGAGUUUGCUUGGAUAUUAAGUACGUGUGUUGUUUUAUUCGUAGUACAAAUGGUUGUUGUAUGCUGGAUAAAAUUUCUAUUUUUAACACGACAAGCAGCCAUUGUUACAACGAAUAUCUCUUUCCUAUUCUUUCAUGGUAAUGUUAAUACAAUGACUGCAGAAAAAGGUGAAGCAAUCAAAGAUAAAGCAUUGAAACAGAAUGGUGAAAAAGCGAUUUAUUAUGUCAACCGAGCUCUGUGUUACAUUAAAUUGAAACAAUGGGAUAAGGUCUAUCAAGAUGCUCGACAUUGUUUAGAUCUUGAUCCUAACUAUAUCAAAGCACAUGCCUACUUAGGUCAAUAUUACAUUGAACAACAACGGUACGAUGAAGCGAUAACAUGUUUCAAACAAGCAUUAGAUUUAUGCAAAACGCAGAAUAAAAGCUUCGGUGAUGAAAUUCAACGUUUGUUACGGUAUGCUCAAAAACGUCGGUUUUCAUUGAUGGAACAAAAACGUAUUGAAAAUGAAAUCAGCCUACAAACUUAUCUUCGUUCAUUGAUACAAUCCGACAAGGAACGACGCAUGCAGACACGUAUCGAAAAGCAUUAUGAAGAUAAAGAUUUGUCCCAAUCAUCGAUAAACAGCUCAACGGUUUUAAAAUAUUAUCAGUCAAGAAUGACGAAUAAUCCUAAUCAACAAACAACAACGAAUCUUGCUUCAAUGGUUUCAGUUAGUCCGAAACUAACCUCGGUACAUGAUGCCGACAGUAGCGUCACAGUCGAUCCUCAACUAGAACAAGCCCUACGAGAUAUUGAACAGUCAACUGAUCAAUCCUUGAAUGAAAUGAAUAAUUUAUUUAAUGAAGUUGAUAUUCGAAGGAAACGCCGAGAAAUACCUGAGUAUUUAACAUGUAAACUAUGCUAUGAUCUAAUGAGAGAUCCAGUUAUUACACCAUUUGGUAUUACGUAUUGUCGAUCAUGUAUUGAAGAAAAUCUUUACAAAGUUAGUCAUCUGGAUCCUAUUGCUAACAAACCCUUAGUUGUCGAUCAGCUCGUCAACAAUCUUGUCCUCAAAGAAAUUGUCGAAAAAUUUAUUAAAGAAAACGAAUGGGUCAAUUCAGAAUGUUUCUAA